CAUGCAGCUGUCUGGCGGACAUGCUUUGCCCAGCCCACAGUGCCCCGCCUACUUCCUACUGGGUCCAAACUCCUACAGGGAUGAGGCCCUGCUCCACAACUGCCUGUCAGUAGAAAAACAGACUUGCAAGCCAACCAUGCGACCGGACAGAUUUCACGUGUGCCUGAACACAGUUGUCUGUGGGCUCCUUCUCCUUGUCCUCGUUCAAGCCCAGGACUCAGCCAGCCCUAUUCGGACCACGCUCACUGGGCAGGUGCGGGGUAGCCUUGUCCAUGUGAAGGGCACUGACACGGGAGUCCACACCUUCCUGGGAAUUCCCUUUGCAAAGCCACCUGUAGGACCACUGCGGUUUGCACCUCCUGAGGCCCCUGAGCCCUGGACCGGUGUGAGAGAUGGAACCUCCUACCCUGCCAUGUGUCUACAAAAUCCUGAGAGAAUGAAUUUGUUGGUAGUGGAAAUCUUGAAUCUGACCAAGCCUCCCAUUCCCAUGUCUGAGGACUGCCUGUACCUCAAUAUCUACACACCUGCUCAUGCCCGUGAGGGCUCUAACCUACCUGUAAUGGUAUGGAUCCAUGGUGGUGCACUAGUUAUAGGCAUGGCUUCCCAAUAUGAUGGAUCCAUUCUGGCAGCCUUUGAGGACAUAGUAGUGGUGACUAUCCAGUAUCGCCUGAGUGUCCUGGGCUUCUUUAGCACUGGAGACCAGCACGCCACUGGUAAUUGGGGCUACCUGGACCAAGUGGCCGCCUUACACUGGGUGCAACAGAAUAUCUUUCACUUUGGAGGCAACCCUGACCGUGUCACCAUUUUUGGCCAGUCUGCAGGUGGCACAAGUGUGUCUUUACAUGUUUUGUCCCCCAUGUCCCAAAGACUCUUCCAUGGGGCCAUCAUGGAGAGUGGAGUGGCUAUAGUGCCUAGCCUCACCUCCAGCUCAUCUGAGGCCGUCUCCAAAAAGGUGGCCGACCUAUCUGGCUGUGGGCAAGUAGACUCAGAGGCCCUGGUGAGGUGCCUGCGAGGCAAGAGUGAAGAGGAAAUGCUGACUAUUAUCAAGGAAUUCAAGAUCAUUGCUGGUGUAGUAGAUGGAAAGUUCCUGCCUAGACACCCUCAGGAACUGCUGGCCUCUGCUGAUUUUCAACCUGUCCCCAGCAUCAUUGGUGUCAACAAUGAUGAGUUUGGCUGGAUCCUCCCCAAGGGCAUGAUCAUUGCUAACAUCAAAGAGAAAAUGGACAGAGAGACUAUGAAGGCUGUUCUGCGGCACAUAGCAACACAAUCGAUAUUGCCUGAUGAGUCUGGAGACCUGUUGAUGGAAGAGUAUGUGGGAAACAAUGAGGACCCCCAGACCCUCCAAGCUCAGUUCCAUGAGAUGAUGGGAGAUGCCAUCUUUGUGAUUCCUGCACUCCAAGUAGCACAUUUUCAGCGUUCCCGUGGCACAGUCUACUUCUACGAGUUCCAGCAUCGGCCUAACUUCCUCAAAUACUCCAAGCCACCCUAUGUGAAGGCUGACCAUUGUGAUGAAGUGUUCCUUCUCUUUGGAUCCUUGUUCUGGAAUAACAAAAUUGAUCUUACUGAGGAGGAAGAGCUGCUGAGUAGAAGAAUGAUGAAAUAUUGGGCGAACUUUGCUCGAAAUGGGAACCCCAAUGGCCAGAGCCUGCCCCAAUGGCCUGCACUGGAUCACAAGGAGCUGUACCUGCAACUGAACCUCCAGCCUGCUGUGGGCCAUGCCCUGAAGGCCUCCAGGUUUAAGUUCUGGACAGAGACCCUGCACCAGAAGAUCCAGGAGCGAAAGAGAGCUGAGGAGAAGCACACAGAGCUGUAGCGCCCCAAGUGGGGAGAGAGGAUGGUCUUCAAUGAAGGUGGGGUCUGCCUGUGGCAAACACACCUACUGAGGAGCCUAGAUUGACUACAUUCACACAGCCAUUCAUCCACUCUUUGUCCAUCCACUCAGUCAACACUUAAGAAGAACCCAUUGCAUAAUGCUCAUUUCCAAGCCUGCAGUGUGUCUCCUCUUGUCAGACACACUCAGUACAUUCAAAGGAAGCUGUGGGUGGCUAAGUCCCAAUAGAUGCCACCUUCCUCCAUACUCCUGGGCCCCUCCUCCCUCCUGCAGCUCUCCUUAUCUCUACUCUGUCUUUCUUCCCCUCCCAGGUCCACAUCUUCCCUACUUUGAGAAAGGUGUUCUGGGAGCUGCUUUCACCCAAAGUUUAGAAUCCUACAUCACCUCUCAGUAAGGCCCUGUAUUCUCAGUUCUAUAAAUUGCUAGUAGGAAAUAUGAACACCAGAAGCCCCAGUGUCUUAGUGCAUUCAGGAUACUAUUUUUUUAAAAAAUCAUAAUCUGUUUGGCAGAAGUUAAUUGCUCUCAGUUUUGCAAGUUGCAAAGUCCAGAAAACAUAACAAUGGAUUUGGUAUCUGGUAAGGGUCUGUUUUCUGGAUCUUCUAGAGUAACUUGUCACAAUUUCCCCAUAUGACUGAAGGAACAAUCAGACUCUCUCAGGCCUCUUUUAUAUAGACACCAAUCCCAUCUCUCUCCCAAAAACUUCUCUCCUUAAUACUAUCACACUGGAAACUGGCAUGAAUAUGUGAAAAUCGGGGAUGUAAACCUUCAGACCACCACACAUAAAUGCUCCCAAAUCUUAGCCACUGGGGCUAUAACUAAUAAAAAUGUGGAAAUCUCUGCAACCAUCUCUUGCCUUUGUAGAUUAAAUGUAGUUUUUUGUUAACAUGAAACAACCCACUUACUCAUCUAUUUGUGUCCCAAAUAGGUGAUUGGUCCCAUUUUGUAAGAACAGGACUCAGCAGGAUCCCAACUCUGCACCGUCAAGAGUGUGUCCAGGAGGCCAGUUUCCUAAAUACACUCUGUAUAUCUUGUCCUACAAGAACUCUAAGGCCUGCAAGUAGACAAUCACAGCACAUCUGUGAAGGGUUUUGGUUCUGGGGUUAUUUUAGAAGUGGGACUGAAGAGUCAAGGAGUUCCAGACAUGUCUCACAGAAGAGAUUCCUCUCUCUCUCCCUGAAGGCUUUUCCUCUGGGAAGGUAUCCUCCUGCUUUUCAGAAAUCCCCUUGAACUUUCUGAGACCCUGAACAUUCCCUGCUCACCAUGGGUGUCCAUGGGAUUCAGUUUUCUUCUUACUUAAUUGUUGUCCCUAAACAUUUCUUGUCCCCUCCAAUCAAAACCCUCUCAAGUAUUUUGUCUCAUUUUGUAAACAUGCCAAAGUGUGCUCGACCUGCCUCUCUGUUCCUCCAAUGCAUUUUCCCUGUGUCAUUAAGAAGCUAUUUCACUUAUCCCACUGACCCUGGCAUCUACUCCAUUCUCUUUCCUGUGACCAGCUUAUCUUCUUGUGGCACCAGUUUUUCCAGGGAGAGCAUCCCUCUUCUUUCCUGCACAGCAUUUAAACUUACUGACAAAGACUUUUAAGUCUAAAACGGGAGCCAGAGGUCUGAGCAUCUGUUUGAGGGUGACCAUAUGCAACAUAGCAAGUAGGGGGGAUUUCCUUUUACCAUCUCUUUGAAGGAAAAUAUUGUUAUCACUGUUUUGCUUUGUUCUGAUUAAUUGUAUUGCUCUAUUCAAUAUUCUGUUUUGAAAGGUUUUAUGAUGUUCUGUAUUUGGUUUGAUUUAGCUAUACCUGAUUGAAAGAACAAGAAUUGUGAAGAUAACAAGAUAUACUAUGGCACCUAUUACUGUUAUCCCGGUAACCUGUUGUGAAGUUCUCUACCAAUUUCACUGCACUGUCUCAAUUGGCUUCAUUCUGUCUUGUCCUGUUGUAUUUCACUACCUUCAAAAUAAUAAAACUUUUUUUAAAAAGA